AAUUAGUAAAGAAAUAUGACUGAAGAGAUUAAGAGGUUGAAGAGACAGGCUCUUGAAAUGAUGGAGGGGGAUAACUAUGAAGAGGCUGUGAAGAUCUUAUGUACCAUCAUCGACGAGAUGGAGACACAUAGUCCUCUCUACAAGUAUUAUCGCGCUAAAUGUUACUACCAAAUGGGCAAAGAUUACCUGCAACCAGCCAGGAAGGACCUUCAUAAGAUAUUGAAUUACUGCACUGGAAAAGAUAAGCCAGAAUCAUAUAUCUUGAAGGCCAAAACCUUAUACCUUUCAGGUAUUCUGGAAAUGGAAUUUGGACAGGAUAUCCGCAGAUCUGCCAUGAUGUUCGAAGAGUACCUCAGAAUGUACUCAACGAUUUUUGUUCCAAAAGACUCAUACUACAAAAAGAAUGAGCUUAAGAGGAACAAUCCUGAUAUUAUUAGCUUGAAGGAGCAUUGACAGGAAUGCUUAGAGCAAAUUAAGAACGGAGAAAUAGAGGUUUCAAAUUUUCAUACUGAGGAGCAACUUGCCGAGCAGGCGAAGGAAUUCAAUUCCUUGUGGGAAGAAUUUGAAAUUACCAAAAUGGAUGUCACACCUGGAUCUAAAUGGUAUCUUGUCUCAGCAGCCUGGCUCAAAAACUUCAAGGAAUACGUACUGCAAAAUCCAGGUGAUUCUAAUAACGAAGCUAUGAGAGUUGAACACCCUGGAAUGAUCACAAAUGAAGAUAUUCUCGAUAAUCCCGAGCAUCUUCUGAGAGACCCCACUGAGGUUUAUUUGGACUAUAAUUUGAAGGAAAACCUUCUAGAAGAGACCCACUAUUUCAUCGUAAACCAAAAGGUAUGGGACUUCCUCCAUGCUCACUACAGCGGAGUUGAGGUAAUGCGUUACGGAGAGAAGAAAGAAGGAAACGAAGAAUGCUGUAUUGAGGCCAACCUUAUCAAGAUAAAUAUUCACUACUUCCCUUCUCAAGAAGGAGAGGAUACUCAGAUGUACCAAAUCUUUGAGUCUAGGCAUAAGACAAUUGCUGAGUUUAAGGAGAGACUUGCGAGGCUGCAAGGUCUUCAAAAGACAAGUGUGAGGCUCUGGAAAUCUCCAAUUCCUAGUGAUUUCGAUACCUUCUAUAGGAAUAACUUGUGUGAGUUUAGGAAGCAUAGACAUAUCAGACUCAAUGCUACAUAUCUGAAGAAGCUAAGCGAGACUAUCAAUGAUGUUCAACUGAGUCUCGAUGAUUUCAUCAUUGUUGAAUGCAAGUGUAGAGGUGAUUUCAUAUUCGAAGAGAUUGAAAAACAAGAAGGCAAUGAGGUCCUUCAUGAUCACAUCGAAGAUGAAGAGCUCAAGGAAGCUCUUACUGAUGCAAAGAGUCUCAGAUUCUUGAAUCUAGAUAUCACUAGCUUGUUCGAUUCGAGAUCAAAUGAAGGUAAAUGUGGCCUCUCAAAUCUUGGAAAUACUUGUUUCAUGAACUCUGCUCUACAAUGUAUGAGUAACACUACUGAGUUGACAAAAUAUUUCCUAUUUGGUCUCCACAAAAACGAGAUAAAUUAUGACAAUCCUCUUGGCACGAAAGGAAGACUAGCUACUGCUUAUGCCAAGCUAAUGAAGGAAUUGUGGGUCAAAGGUGAUGGAAGAGUAGCCCCAUGGGAUGUGAAGAAAGCCAUUGGAACAGUUGCCUACCAAUUCCAAGGAUUCGCACAGCAAGAUUCUUUUGAAUUAUUCAAUUAUGUCACUGAUACUCUCCAUGAAGAUCUCAAUAGAGUGAUCGAGAAGCCUUAUACCGAAUUCAAGGAUUCUGAUGGCAGGUCAGACUCUGAAGUAUCUGCUGAUCAUUGGAAGGCAUUCACAGACAGAAACCAGUCUGUUAUUGUUGACUUGAUGUAUGGACAACUCAAAUCAAGACUGAUUUGCGAUGUAUGUAAGAAUAUCUCCAAUACUUUCGAUCCUUACUUAGCUCUAAGCUUGCCUAUCCCGAAGAACAAGUUUAGUAGAAUUUCGAUCACUUAUUUCCCUGAAGCAGUAUCAACUCAAAAUCCAGUGCAGAAACUGAAGCUCAAUGUAGGAAUUAAGGACUCAGUUGAAGACCUAAAGGCUAAGAUCAAAGCUCUCGUAAAAACAGAAAAUCCCAUUCUCUUGUACACUUUGAGGAGAAAGGACCUUAUUGGAGAGAGGAUUGACGACGAUGUACUAGCAACCAAACUUGAAGACGAAAGACUCACUGCUUAUGAGUACACACCUAUUGAUAGAGAAGAGAAAUCUAAAACUUCUUGUGUACAAGUACAUUUUGUCAGUGAGAGUAGGAGUAUGUUUGGGUCUUCCAAUUACACAGAUGUUUGCGCACCCAAGAUAUUCUUGCAUCAUGUUGACAAGACCUGUACUGACCUGAAGCUGGCUAUCUUCAAGUAUCUAUUCCCCUUGAUCACUCUUCCAGAGCAAUACCAGGAAGCUUAUGAGAAGAAGGAGGAUAAAGAGAAGGUCAUCCGGGAUAUUUAUGAAGCUUUUUACAAUAAGUCUCAGCAUGGAAUCUCCAAAAUCUUCACAAUUGAAUAUGAAAGCCAGAAGACACAUUAUUACUCUUCUAGAAAGUUCAAGGAAUUUAAAGACUCUGAAGAAACCUUUGGCGAAUUUGUUGAGAAUUUAGUCUCUAUUGAUAAUGUUUACUUGAGGAUCUGCUUCCCCAGAGCCACUAAGGUUGAUCUUGAUCCGUUAGAAGACAGUAAAUACUCCGGCCAUAGCAUCGGAGAGAGUGCAGCUAUUUCUAUUGAUGAUUGUAUCGAGAAGUUCAGCGUUGAGGAGCUCCUCACUGAUGAUAACAGGUACUACUGUUCCAAAUGUGAAAAACAUCAGGACACUUAUAAGAAAAUGGAUAUUUAUAAGCUGCCAAAGAUCUUAGUAGUCCAGCUGAAGAGAUUCAGCAAAGGAGAGUCCUCAGGUAGCAAAUAUUCUGGAUAUUCUGCCUUUGGAAGAAUGAUAAUGGGAUCUUCAAAGAACAGUGACCUCAUAGAUUUCCCUCUUAAAGGACUUGAUAUGGGCAAAUACUUGCUAGACAAUGAAGGGAAGGAGUACCUCUAUGACUGAUAUGCUGUUUCAAACCAUUCUGGAAGUCUAGGAGGCGGUCACUACGUUGCUCACUGUAAGAAUAGCCUUGACAACAAGUGGUAUUACUUCAAUGAUUCCUCAUGCGGAAAAUCAAGUGAUAGAGAAAUUGUAUGCUCAAGCGCUUAUGUAUUGUUCUACAGACUGAGAGAAUAGCGUAA